GACAGGUGGCGAGGGGAAGCAAUCAAAGCAGAGCAGAGAGAGUAGAAAUGGUGAAGAAAUACUAGAGAUUACAUUUAAUAUUUGUUAAAUCUGCAAAUGCAUUUAGAUCUUGUGGGUAUAUCCUAAAGUUUGGACUUCACUGAGGCUCUUCAGUUUCUUUGCAAACUCCAUUCCUCAUAGCAGAGCAGCCAUGCAGAAACUGUGGCUCACUCUUCUGUCUGGCUUGUGCCUUCAGCUGGUUUUCCUUUGCAGCGCAGAGGAAGGUCUUGAGUUCCCCAACUUUGAUGGGAAAGACAGGGUGCUGGACAUCAACGAGCGCAACUACAAGAAGGCUCUGAAGAGAUAUGACCUGCUGUGCCUGUUCUACCAUGAACCUUUGCCGGCUAACAAAGGCCUGCAGAAGAGGUUCCAGAUGACAGAGCUGGUGCUGGAGCUCACAGCUCAAGUCCUGGAGAACAAAGACAUUGGGUUUGGAAUGGUGGACUCCCAGAAGGAUGUCAAAGUAGCAAAAAAACUGGGUCUGGAGGAGGUGGGCAGCUUGUAUGUCUUCAAGGACGACCGAGUCAUUGAGUUUGAUGGGGAGCUCUCAGCCGACACGUUGGUGGAGUUUCUGUUGGAUGUGCUGGAGGACCCAGUAGAGAUGAUCAAUAAUGCGAUGGAGCUGCGAGCCUUUGAGAGAAUGGAGGAAGACAUCCGCCUCAUUGGUUACUUCAAAGGAGAGGAUUCACAUUUCAAAGCCUUUCAGGAAGCCUCGGAGCGGUUUCAACCUCACAUCAAGUUUUUUGCCACAUUUGACAAAUCAGUUGCCAAACAUCUUUCCCUUAAGAUGAAUGAAGUGAAUUUCUAUGAGCCGUUCAUGGAGGAGCCAGCCAUCCUGCCUGGCAGACCUCUGUCUGAGAUGGACAUCGUAGAAUUUGUCAACCAACACAGGAGGGCGACUUUGAGGAAAUUGCGGGCAGAGAAUAUGUUUGAGAUAUGGGAGGAUGAUAUGGAUGGAAUACAUAUUGUUGCCUUUGCUGAAGAAGAAGACCCUGAUGGCUAUGAGUUCCUGGAGAUUCUAAAAGACGUGGCCAGAGACAACACCAACAAUCCAGAGCUCAGCAUUGUCUGGAUUGAUCCUGAUGACUUCCCACUGCUGACUACUUACUGGGAAAAAACCUUCAAGUUGGACCUGUUUAGGCCUCAGAUUGGUGUGGUCAACGUCACUGACGCUGACAGCGUUUGGCUGGACAUGUCCAACGAUGAGGACCUGCCCACUGCAGAGGAGCUGGAGGACUGGAUCGAGGACGUCCUGUCAGGGAGGGUGAACACCGAGGAUGACGACGAGUUCGCCGACGACCUGCAAAAUGACCACUACAUCACAGAGGAUGGCAGCGACACUUAUGACCCAGAUGAAGAAGAUGAUGGUGAUGAUUAAAACUACAAAGAGCUUUCAAACACUUUUUUAUUGAUCAUGUGAAUUUUAAAGAAAAUGUAGAGUCUUUAAAAAAUUCUAAACUGUAGAUGAUGUAGAUGGUAAAUUUAAAAGAUAGAAAUGGAUUUGAUAUUAUCAUCAUAGGAGUAUUUUUGUCAUUUUGUCAAGUGAGCGCAGUGCCUCAAGCUAUAAUUUUCCUGUACUCACCAAGGAUAAUGUUAUUUAAUUGAUUUUAACCCCCUGGGAGCAGCAUUGGACCAAACAACAGCUUACUAAGAACAAUAAGAAUAAGC